AUGAGGUCGAUUUUGAUUUUUCUUCUUGUAAGCCUGUUGGAAACCCAUGCCAUUAUUUCCCCUCCGAAUGCUCUUCUGGAAAUUUCCGCUGAGAUUUUUAAUAAUUGGAGAGAUACAAGAAAAAAGUUUAUGGAUUCUAUGAAACACCCAAUGGGUCUACCUCAUUUCAAUUGCUCUCGACCAAUCCUUGAUUCUGCUACGUCGGUCCACCAGCUUCAUCCAUCUCAAAUUGACGUCAUCGCAGCUCUAGGAGAUUCAGUCACAGUUGCACAAGCUGCAAAAUCUUCUUCCAUUUUUGAAAUUCUCGAACAAUAUCCGGGCAUCUCUUUUGUUACUGGAGAUGAUGUUACUCUGAAUGAGCAAUCCACACUGAUCAACAUGUUCCAAAAAUUUUCACCAAGAGUCAAAGGAGGAUCUUCUGACCGAAUUCGAAAAUUCUACGAUUUCAAUUUUGCGGUUCCCGGAUCGUUCAGUUAUGAGCUCCCUGAUCAAGCAAAGAAGCUUGUUAAAACUUUGAAAAGACGAUUAGGGACCGAUAAUUCUAAAAAAUGGAAACUUGUGAACAUUUUCAUCGGCCAUAAUGAUUUGUGUCAAUUCUGUAAUAAUGAGACACUGCACGGACCAGAGACCUUUGGAAAUGCAAUUAGAUCCACUUUGUUCAUCAUUCAGUCAGAUAUUCCAAAUGUGUUCGUCAACAUCAUGCCACCAAUAAAUGUGCAAAUCCAUUCUCAAGCUCAUCAAGUGAGCCCAUUCUGCGAAUUAUCUCAUAAAAAAACCUGUCCUUGUAUUUUUGAAUUGGACAAAAAGGACUAUAAAAAAAUUAAGGAGAAGUUUGAUGAGCAAUUGAGAGAAAUCACGAACGAAUUUAAUGAGAAAAAUAAUGAUUCCAACGAUUUCGCAGUUGUUAUUGCUCCAGCGAUGGAUUUGAAGUCAAUCCCUCUACUGGAUAACAAACCAAAUGUUGGAUUAUUGGCUCUUGACUGUUUUCAUCUGUCUCCAAUUGCCCACGAUGUUGCUGCAAAGCAAAUUUGGAAAGGACUUUUUGAACCGAUCCAAUCAAAAACUAUUACCAAUCAGACAUCUGUAGGAUUCGAUAGAUUUGUUUGUCCGCCGACUGAAUGCUCGUUCCUUCGAACGAGUAAAAACUCGGUUGAUUGUGAACCACCGAAGAAUUUUAGGUUCCUCCCAAUUCUUCCAGAAAGCUCUACUGUGGGAAUGAAUAUGCCUUCAUUCCUGGUCCCUGCAUUCUUUCUCAUGGGAAGUGUUCUAAUUCUACUAUUUGUUCGUGCUUCUUUCCGUCGCCCGUCAUCUGAAUUUUCCGAUGAACGACAGUAUUUACUUCUUCCGAUGCGUCGUGCCGACCUCAACGACAACAUCUUCUGA